AAGAAGACUCCCACACCCUUUCACAAGCUCACACAUCCUAUCAGUCAGUGAUAUUUUGGGGCUUUCCUCUAUACAAAAAAGAAACAUUGUGGUGGCAUUUUUCACCCAACCAAUGACAAGUUACCGCGAAGCCCGGUGGCGGAAUUUUUCCUGAAAUUUUGGCAGCUGCUCAUGUAGGUAAACACAUCAACUUUGCAAUCAAAGGAAAAACUUACCUGUUGUUCGCCUUUGGUCAGUGCCGGCUGACCCAUGGAGGAUGGCAUGAACAGUCCGGUGGCCGUCAAGGUGGAGGGCCACUCCCGUAGCGUGAUCCUCAGGUAUUUUCGGGGCGACAUCGGCAGCAUGGUGGACGCUCACUUCAGCCGUGCUCUCAGCAAAGACGGCAAGGACAACAUGCCGGUUGCCAAGGCCAAGAAAAUGCGUAAAAACAUCAAGUUAGAGGACAGCAGCAACGGCCACACCAACUUGGUCGAGCCUGCGCCCGUGACGGGCCGCCACUUGGCUUUCGGCCCCGCCGACGACCACGCCGGGCCCUGGCACUCAUUCAUCGGCAGGACAGGGGAGACGUCGGGCUUGCCAUCCGCCGCGUAUUCCGUGGAAGACCUGAGCUUGACCGGGCAACAGUACGCCUCGUCGCUGCUCAACCUCCUGCACGGCGACCGCGCCGAGAUGGCGCCCGGCGUGGCCUCUGGCUCCAAGACCGAACAUCUGGCCAAUUGGAUGGUGCCCCAAGGAUUUAGAGACUCUGUGGAGCCCGCUGGAGGCUUUGAGCCUGGUAAGCCUUCGUAUGCAAUACAGCAUCUGCAGUCAGGCUUCCUGGGAGGCUAUCAAACCUUCCAAAAUGGACAUAAUUAGAAGCAUCAUCCAAAUAAACGUGUCAUUGUUGUCCCUGCUCAAAAAUGAUUGUUGCGUUGUUUUUGAACUUGGGUUCCCGGUGAUCCGUAAACUGUAGCUUGAGGGUGAGCAAUAUAAUUUGCAAUUAAUUCUUGUGUUGUGUCAUUAUAAAUAAGUGCAUAACUAGAGCCAAUAAAAGAAACAUAAUAAAUAAAUUAGUCUUCCCUAUUUUAAUUUGGACUAAUUAAAAAUAUCUGAUAUGAUUGAUGCGUUAUCAUAUAAAUGUGACAUCCCCAAGCUAAUACUUUUUGGGGGGAAUAAAAGACCUGUUUUUUUUUGUUGGGUUUUUUUUUUCAAAAAUAUAGUCCUAUUUGUGAGAAAAUAAAUGCAUUUUGUCCAGAAUAAAAGGCAUAAUAUUGUCAUAUUUUUUAAAUUCACUGGCUAAAAUGUGCCUUUCUUACUUGCUAAACAUUGACUUUUAUAUAUUAAUAUUUUGAAUUUAUCUGGAAAGUUUUUCUCCUGGCAAAUACAUCUUUGUUUUUGUAAAGACUACACAUUUUUUCUUGGGAAAAAAAAGAAAACAACUUGAUGCUCUUAAGAUUACAAAGUGUUUUUCUCCCCCAAAAAUGAAAAGAUUUUGUUAUCAUGACUGUAGGGCUUUUUUUUUUCCUCUCGAAAAAUAGGCAGAAUUUUCAUUCCGGUGGCAUGGUAGUUAUGUUUAAUUGGUGUUGGGUAUAUGAGGGGGUCCAUGGAAAAAAAAACUCUCACCUGGACACAAAAAGUUGAAAAAUCCAUUGUAAAUUCCCACGACAGUAUGGAGUCAAUUGUGGUAUGACCAGAAUUGGCUCCACACUGAUUUUCUAACCGCCGAUGUCGCAAUAAACAUUCGGCAGAGUUCAGACAACACAAUGCCACUUUUUGCCCCAUCUUGAAUCCCUUGAAAAAAACCAACGUGGCUUAUUUGCGGAUUUUCCCCAUCCCUGAAGAGUUACAUUCUCGUCUAUUUUUAACUCUUGAGUCAUGUUUACUGUUCAUGAGUUUUUUUUCCUUGAGCUCCAUGUUAAAGUGUUAACUAUUCGUGUUUGUAAUUCAAAUGGGAUCGCCACGCCAGGAACGUGACAUCACAUUUUUCUUGUGAAAAUCGCAGUAUUUUCGCUACGGUCUUACUUUGUGCUGUUUCCUCGUGUUUGUUCCCCACCUACAGACAAGUAUGCAGUUUUGGUAUUGUUUCAGUGUUGUGUGUUCGAACCCCCUCCUUGUACAUGUGGUGUCAUUGGGCAGAUCCAGAACAGCCCAUUCAAAUGAGAAGCAAAGUGUUUUUGCUUCAAGCUGUUUAUUUGUCAUUCACCUUCAAAGUACUUUGAUUGCUUCGUGUAAACAUAUAAUGGGAAACUUUGCUCAUGAAGCAAGUGUCUGGCGAGCAAGUUAUUAUUAUUAUCAUGGUACAUUCAACGAACAAAUGUCCGUAUUUAUAACAGAGAGCAGGUUCGUGUCUAAAUGAGUGUUUUUAGAAGUAGCAGUAAGAAAUUCCCAUGUACAAAAACAUAGUUACUUUAUGUGUGGGUUUUGUCUGUAUUCUGCGUCAAGUUUUGUGAAUAAAAGACUCCAUGUGAAGGAAUGCUAAAUGCAAACCAAA